AUGGACAGCUCACCCAUAUCUGUCUCGCGGAGCACACGCCAACGUUUCCGGUUUCCAGCUAGGUGGUUGAAUUAUAGUCCCGUGGGAAAAAUUAUUCCGGGUACACGAUUUCUUGCUUUCAAGACACCAUUGAAAAGAAAUUUUUUCGAAGUUCAUGGCAGACAGUUUGAUAUGCAAAGUGCUUUCGAUAUAAAAACUUUACUUGACUUGGCUAAUACUCGUGGCAAAAAAAUUGGUCUCGUUAUCGAUUUAACUAACAGUGAUCGGUAUUAUAAUCCCAGUGAAUGGAUAGAUGCAGGAGUAAAUUAUGAAAAAAUACGGUGUAUUGGACGUGGCACAAAUAUUAGUGAGGAAAGUGUUAAAAAGUUUUAUAGUAUCGUCAGUAGCUUUUUAUCCCAGCAUAUUUAUACAGGGGAACUGAUAGGAGUGCACUGUACUCAUGGUUUGAAUCGGACUGGUUUCAUGAUUUGUCGAUACCUGGUUGAGGUAGACAAUUGGGAUGUUAAUUGUGCUAUUCAACAUUUCGAAUAUUGCCGGGGGUACAAAAUCGAAAGAAAGGAAUAUAUAUAUAGUUUGAAAAAUAACUGCAUCAAGGGGAAAUAUCCUGCUUUAAGUGUGCAGUAUCCAGAAAAAGAAGAAAUCUCAAAUAUAUGUGUAGAUUAA